GAUGUCAUAUAUGCUGGUCACGUGACGAGAUACGACAGGGGCAGCCAUUUUGGCAGUCAUCGCGGCAGUAAAUUGACAGGCACUGGCAGACUGUCAAGGAUGGUGGAUAACUGCUGUGCACCAGGUUGCACAAAUAGGCGUGGGAAAAAGAAAGGUGUAUCGUAUUAUCGCAUUCCUAAAGACGCGGAGAGGAGGGAGAAGUGGAUUGGAGCGAUUAAAAGAGCCAGGAGCCUUCAGAAAAAGACUGAAAGAUGGGACCCCCCGGCCGUUGGCUUUCGCUUAUGCAGUGAUCACUUCAUAUCAGGGAGAAAGAGUGAUAAUCCGUUGAGUCCGGAUUUUAUCCCCUCAAUUUUCGAUUACCUUCCAUCUCCAGAGAAGAGGAGACAUAAAACGAGACUGGAGGUUUUUAACAGAAGGCAGAAGGCUAAACUGCACAAAGUAGAGCAGGCAAAGAUAUCUGCAGAAGCCAUCCGUCAAAGGACAUCAACUGAUGCAGCCCCAGAAGACCAUAUCACAGAGCCUUUGAAGGAGCCCCCCAUCACAGAUCCGUUGGAAGACUCAGCCGAUGAUCCUGUCCAGCCUGAACCAGUAACACCACCAUGCACCUCUGAAACCUGCUGUACCCGCAUCCAGAGUCUUGAGCAAGAAUGCCAAGCUCUAAGGGCUGAAAAUGUGUUGUUAAGGGAAAAGAUUAAUAGGAAGACCCUGACAGAGAUUAGUUUAAAUAACAAUGAUAAAAAGGUGAAUGUCCUCACUGGGCUGGCAACCUAUGCAUGUCUCAUGACCAUUUUUCAAUAUCUGGCUCCAUUUCUCAAAGUUAAAUCAUCAAUAACAUGUUUUCAACAAUACAUGUUGACUUUGAUGAAGCUUCGAAUGAACUUAACAUUUGACUUUUUGGGUUUUUAUUUUGGCAUCGACCCAACUACUGUCUCCAGGCACUUCAAAAACUGUGUUAAUUUGAUGUAUUGUAGACUGGUGCCAAGCCUAGUGGUGUGGCCUGAAAGAGAAUCUUUAAGAACAUCUCUUCCAUAUGUAUUUAGAAAUGGUGACUACGAGAAGACUGUUUGUAUCAUUGAUUGCUUUGAAAUAUUUCUAGAGAAACCAAGUAGAUUGCGACCCAGUGCGCAGUGUUACUCAAGAUACAAAUCACAUCACACCAUGAAAUAUUUAAUUGCCAUUUGCCCUCAAGGUUCAAUUUGUUUCAUUUCUACUGGAUGGGGAGGUCGCACCAGUGAUAAGUUCAUUACAGAACACAGUACUUUUUUACCUAAUAUUCUCCCAGGGGAUGUUGUUUUGGCAGACAGGGGGUUUCUGGUGAAAGAGUCUGUUGAAAGGUGUCAGGCUGAAUUAAAAAUUCCAGCAUUUACUCGUGGAAAGCACUGUGCAGUUGCAGUGGGCUCCCAGCACAACACCGUCGUUCCUCACCACCACCCAUGGCUUUAGUUGACUUUCAUUAAGCCUUUGGGAGUGAUUAACCUAUAUGAAAUUCCAAAACAGAUAAAUAAAGGUAAAAAACGCCAGCCACUUUGGUUGAGUACGAUCAAAAAUACAAACUAGCAAGUUACAGAUGCACUGCAGUAGCUAUCCAAGCUAAAAAACAUGCUAACGUGACACUUCCGUAGCUAGCCAAGCUAAUAAACAAACAAUGCUAACGUGACACUGCCUAUCAAACUGGAAUAAUUUAAUACUUACCCUUGCAGUGAUGAUGCCGAAGUUUUUGGAUGUAAGACUCCACAGUUGAAUGUUGUUUACGAAGCCGGACUGACACCAUUUGUAAGCCUCCAAGCUUUUGUACGCUCUGAGGGAGUCUCCUGAGUACACUGAUGGAAAGCUUACAAGAUAGCUGUGGAUGUCUGCGUAGCGCAAGUCGGGUACAUCGUCUUCAGAGCAGGAGGUUAUGCUCUUGAAAAGCACACCGGGUGAAUUAUAUGGGUCGCUUAUAUUUAAUCUCUCUAAUUUUGUACUAUAAAGCCGAAUUUCACUUGAAUUAAAAUGAGAAGUAUACUCGCUCGGUAAGAAAACACUGGCACCGGUGGUCAUGUUGACUGCCAAAAUGGUGGCUCCCAACCAAAAGUCACGUGACCGCA